AUGACCAAUGGCAAGAUCCUGGGUAUUGCUAUUGACAUGACCGCCUACAACAAGGGCCGGCUGCAGUCCUCCUUCUGGAUUGUGGACAAACAGCACGUGUAUAUCGGCAGUGCUGGUUUGGACUGGCGAUCCCUAGGACAGAUGAAAGAACUUGGUGUCAUCUUCUACAACUGCAGCUGCCUGGUCCUAGAUUUACAAAGAAUAUUUGCCUUAUAUAGUUCAUUAAAAUUCAAGAGCAGAGUACCUCAGACCUGGUCCAAGAGACUCUAUGGCGUCUAUGACAAUGAAAAGAAAUUGCAACUUCAGUUGAACGAAACCAAAUCACAAGCAUUUGUGUCGAAUUCUCCGAAGCUCUUUUGCCCCAAAAAUAGAAGCUUUGACAUAGAUGCCAUCUACAGUGUGAUCGAUGAUGCCAAGCAGUAUGUGUACAUUGCAGUCAUGGACUACUUGCCUAUCUCCAGCACAAGCACCAAAAGGUCAUAUUGGCCGGACCUUGAGCUUGCUAUGCGGAAAGCAUUAGUUUUGGCGAGCGUUAAAGUUCGACUACUUAUAAGCUUCUGGAAGGAAACUGACCCCCUCACGUUUAACUUCAUUUCAAUCCUUAAAAAGCUAUUUGCAACUGAAAUAGCCAACUGCAGUUGAAAAGUUAAAUUUUUUGAUCUGGAAAGAGAAAAUGCUUGUGCAACCAAAAGAACAAAGAAUCACCACCUUUCCCUAAAUUAAAUCGCAACAAAGUACAUGGUGACAGAUGGAGCAGCCUAUAUUGGAAACUUUGACUGGGUAGGGAAUGAUUUUACCCAGAAUGCAGGCACAGGCCUUGUUAUCAACCAGGCAGAUGUGAGGAACAACAGAAGCAUCAUCAAGCAGCUGAGAGAUGUAUUUGAAAGGGACUGGUAUUCACCUUAUGCCAAAACCUUACAGCCAACCAAACAGCCGAACUGCUCAAGCCUGUUCAAACUCAACACCCCCUCCAACAAAACUGCCACUUACACUGCAAGUGGGAGGGAGUCCUGA